AUGUCCGGAAUAAUUCUCAAUAAUAUAAUUGACAAAAAGCAUGAGCGCCUUGUCUUUACCACCGUGGGCUAUACAGCUAUACUGGAUGCUUUGGCUAACCGGAAGAGAGCAACAGCACGGUUGAGUGCUCCCAAGAAAGCUUCCUGGAGAUGCCAACUUAGCCCUCAAGCUGUAGAAGCUCCGAGAUCAACGCAGGGCAAGCAUGGAAGCGAUAACAUUGAGGAGAUCAAAGAAGACGUGAAGCAAUUAAUGGUGGACGCUUGCCAUGAGCCAGUGGCUCAGAUGGAGCUCCUGGAUACCCUCCAAAGAAUAGGAAUAUCAUACCACUUUGAGAAGGAGAUCAAAGUUGUCAUGGACUCCAUUUUCGAAGACAGUAAGGAAUGUGAAGACCUCCAUGCUGCAUCUCUUAGAUUCAGAUUGCUGAGGCAACACGGUUAUCCUGCCUCCCCUGAAGUUUUUAAAGUAUUUAAGGACGAAAGAGGGAAAUUCAAGAACACCCUUGCAGAAGACGUGAAGGGGUUGCUGAGCCUGUAUGAAGCUUCACAUCUAGGAUUCGACGGGGAGAACAUAUUGGAAGAGGCCAUGACCUUCACAACUUAUCACCUCAAGGAAAUGUUCUCCAGGUGGUGGAGGGGCCUUGAGUUGGCAGAGAACUUGAAAUUUUCAAGGGACAGAUUGAUGGAGAACUAUGUGUGGACCAUAGGAAUCAACUUCAAUCCUCUUUUCUCUGUCUGUAGAAAGGGUCUUACAAAACUCCAUCGCUUCAUCACGAUUAUCGAUGAUGUUUAUGAUGUGUAUGGUACAAUCGAUGAGCUAGAACUGUGCACAGAGGCUGUUGAAAGAUGGGAUAUUGGAUACAUCGAUAAACUUCCUCAGUACAUGCGGAUGUGUUUCUUAGCUCUUUAUAACACAAUCAACCAAUUUGCCUACGAAUUCAUGCGGGACAAGGGCCUCAACAUCAUAAGCUGGGGUGAUCUAUGCAAGGCAUAUUUGGUGGAAGCGAGGUGGUUGUAUAAUGGAUUUGCACCCACAGUAGAAGAAUACUUGGAUAAUGCAUGGGUUUCCAAAUCAGGACCUGUGAUCUUGAUUCAUGCUUAUUUUCUUGUGCAACAUGAUAUGAAGGAACAUGCUGCCGUGGACCUACACCAUUUUCCCAACCUUAUAAAGAUUUCUUCGUGGAUUCUGCGGCUUCAUGAUGAUGUCGCAACUUCUAAGGAUGAGACUCAGAGAGGAGACGUGCCCAAAUGUAUACAGUGUUACAAGAGGGAGAAGGGUGUGUGGGAGGAAGCUGCUCGUCAGUAUGUUGAUGGUCUUGUAAGAAAUGCCUGGAAAGAACUCCAUAAAGAAUGCACAGAAGCUACUGCUAAUGGCACUAGUCACCCUCUUCUACAUUGGUGCCGUGAAUCUUGCAAGAAUGGCACAGUUCAUGUAUCAACAUGGAGAUGGUCAUGGUUUUCCGGGAAGAGAUUAUCCUGCAGAGCGUAUACUGAGAUUGAUGGUGGAAAGUGUUUGAUACGAGAUGGAUGGUCAUCUUCAUCAUCUCCAGCCGUGUCAUUAUCAUGA